AUGACCUCGAUCGAGCGACCGGCCGGUGGUGCGCUGGCGCUGCAUUACGCGGCCGCUCGCGGUUGCCUCGACUGCGUCCGGCUGCUAACCGAGGCGGCACCCGACAUCAGCGCCAACACUCAGAUGGAUAACGAUGUGACACCGGUGUACCUGGCCGCCCAGGAGGGUCAUCUGGAGGUGCUGAAGUUCCUUGUGCUGGAGGCGGGCGGAUCGCUGUACGUGAGGGCCCGUGACGGGAUGGCACCGAUCCAUGCGGCCUCGCAGAUGGGUUGCCUCGACUGUUUGCGCUGGAUGAUCGAGGACCAGGCGGUGGAUCCGAAUUUGCGCGAUGGCGACGGUGCGACGCCGCUCCACUUUGCUGCGUCGCGCGGCCACCUGAGCGUCGUCCGGUGGCUGCUGAACCACGGUGCCAAGCUGUCGCUCGACAAGUACGGCAAAAGUCCGAUCAACGAUGCGGCCGAGAACCAGCAGGUCGAGUGUCUGAACGCUCUCGUCCAGCAUGGCAACCUGCAGCAGCAGCAGCAGCAGCAGCAACUGGAACCAUCCGAUACUCCGAAGGGUGUAUCACCUGGUGGUAAGCAACAGCAGCAGCAGCUGCUACUACUGCAGGACGCGUACCAGUCGCAGGUGAUGCUGACGUCGCCGGCACCGCCGGCGGGCAGCUCGUUGCCGAAGCAGCAAAGCCGCGCGUCACGCAAAAGCUCUACCGGUGGUGGCGGUGGUGGUGGUGGGCACUAUACCCGGUCGAAAGCACUCGCCGGCCACGGGGCGCCGGCCGCCGCCGCUCAUCACCAUCCAGCCAACAACAACAACCACAACCACAACAACAGCAACACGAUCCUGUCGACCAAAUCGUCCACCGGCAGCUCCGACUCGGAACCGUUCUACCUGCACCCACCGACGAUCCGGAAGACGAAGGACGGUCUGUACGCCCGCCAGUCCCCGGACGGUUACUACGGUACCGUCCUGCCGAACGAUGGCGUCUACGUGAAUCCGAUGCGCCGGGGUGGCUCCUCGACGCCACCGAGCCCGAACGGGAGCAUUUCCGGCGAGUCCUUUUUCCUGCACGAUCCCCAGGAGGUCAUCUACAAUCGCGUCAAGGAUCUGUUCGAUGCCGAUGCGGUCAACUCGCUCAAAGAGGAGAAAGGGCUCGUCGGUGGCAACCGUUCGAUCGUGCAAGCGGAGGUACACUCGAGCAGUAGCGGCGCGGCCAGCGGUUCCGACGAGGACCUUUCGGUUUCGUCGUCCAAUUCGGGCGCCGGCGGUAGCGGUGUAACAGGCGGUAGCGGUGUGGGAGGACGGCCACCGGAUAGUGGCGAUGGCAGUGGCGGUACGAACCAUCAUCUGCAUGGUGGGCGAUCGGUGGCCAGCGUCAAUCAGCACGAGCACGACUACGAGGACAUCUAUCUGAUCCGCGAGGAAACGCAGGGCCCGCGAGGCGAACGGGGCGUCGGUCGGAGUCGGUCGCGGGAUAGCGGGUCGCACAGCCGGUCGGCAAGCGCCAGCUCGAACCGGAGUGACGUCAUCCUGCAGCUGACCAGCCAGAACCAGGUUGGUAAUCAUCACAACAACAGCAACAGCAACAACAACAAAAAUCACAACAACAACAACCAGCAACAGCGACAUCAUCACGGUACCAAGCCGCUACCGAAGCCGGUGUACGGUAUGGGUGGCAAGGGUGCGGGCAAGGGCGGUGGCCAGGGUGGGUCCGCCCCGGUAGGACCGCACCGGAUGAAGGCUCCGGAGCCGGACUACUCGACCGGUACGAUGCGCUCCUCCUGUACCGUCACCGAUAACGCCUACGAGAGCGUCUGUUCGCCCGAGGACGUGUACGAGCGUGCCGCCGAGAUGGGUCUGAUCGUCAGCAAGAAGCAGCAGCAGCAGCAACAGCAUCAGCAACAUUCCUACGGGUUCAGCGGAUUGGCCAACGGUGGCGGUGGGCAUCAUCCUGGCGUGGCGGCCGCGAACGCAGCGGCCGCCGCUGCAGCAGCCGCCGCCGCCGUCGCCGCCGCCUCGAUCAUUAACGGCGGCUACGGUGGUUACGCGAAAGGUGCGCGCCAGCAGCAUGGCGAUCAGCAGACCGUGGCGUUGUACGGCGAGAGCCAUUACCAGCGAGUUGGCGGUGAUGUUGGCCCUCACCCUCAUCAUUAUCAGCAGCAGCAGCAGCAGCAGCACGAUUCUGACUCGGGGCACGAGGUGCAGGAAGAGUCCACCCUCAAACCGUCCGAUCUGAUCCGUGGCAACCACAACCGCAGCAUGUCCAUCAUUUCCGCUAAUAAGAAAGCCAAGCUGAUCCAAGGCAAUAAUAAUGGCGGAGCAGACGGAGCCGGCGGUGGCAGCAGCCUACAUAGCUUAUGUGCUACGGCGGAAACUGGUGCACCGUACGGCUCGAAGGCAUCCCGGCUCGGUACGGCGCCGUCAGUCGACGACCAGCACUGCCAUCAGCAACAUCAGCAACACCAUCACCAUCACCAUCAACCGCAGCAGCAGCAGCAGCAGC